UUGGGCUAGGCAGGGGAGCACACACGCACACGCGGACGAACGUCGUACCUAUACGCGUGUUGUAGGCACACGUUAACGUAACGACGAUAAUAAGUAACGAUAUCGCAGUGACCGCCGGCCGCAGUGGCGACACGCGGAGAAUCGAACGGCGCGCCAUCGGGACGGGGUACGACGACGUGCAGGCCGUCGCGGGCGGACUGGUCGCACACGCGCGCCGAGUACAGUUAUAUCGCGACAUUCGUAUUGACGUUCGAUUCGCGCGCGUACGUGAACGCGCCGCGCAUUUAAUAACACACAAGGAGGAUAAAAAAAAAAAAAAAAAAAAGAGAGAAAAAAAACCGACGACGACAAAAAAUCAAUUUAUGUGGGCCGAAGACGAAUGGCCGCGCGUUGACGGAUAACCAUCAUCAUCGGUAUGUAUACGUAUGUAGAUACGUAUGUGCGCACUACAAACGUACGCGCCCGGCAAUCGUACACGUCCGCUCGUACGUAAAUACGCACGCGCUCGAGGCGGACACUCGUAUGCGAUUGUCGUCUCCGCCAUUGUCGUUUGUCGUUCAUAACAAUAAUAAUAAUAAUAAUAAUAUAUACGUGCGCGAAAGUGAUAUUAUUCGAGUGAAUGUAUACGCUGCACGUCGUCCGGACGGCGAUGACCCGGUAAACACGCGGUGGUGAAUCAUUAUUGUAAUCGACCGUCUAUUACUUAUACGACGAGACGUGUGUGCGAUAAAUAAUAAUAAUAAUAAUAAUAGUAAUAAUACGCAGUGACGAGUGCCGAAAAGCCGGCAGACGUGUUACAGCAGUCCACGGAGGUCCGUCCGCAGCAAGUCGCGCGCCGCAGCAGUGCGCGUCUUCUCUCAUCGUCCGAGCGUUGAAUUUCCGGUCGUAUAUAAGUGUCCCAAACUUUACGUUAUCCGAAUAUUAUCACAUCGUUUCGAUUUCGAUUUCCUUCACUUUUCGCUUUGCCGAACCGCCGCCAAUCGCCGUGAUCAAAUCCACCGGCGUCCGGUACACGACCGUGUCCGCGUAUACUGCGCAGUGCGCCUGCACCGCUAUGCGCCGAGACUCCGGCGACGGCCAGUGAUCGCCAUGCGGUGGACCGGGUUUUGGAUCGUGCCGUUGGUCCUGGGAUGUUGCGAUGCUGCGGACGUCCGGCCCACGGCUAACCGGAAUGACGACCGUGCAACCGCGGGGCCGCCGACACCGUUGGGGCUGCGCUCGGUCAUCUCGCGCGCGCUGAGUCGCGUACGCGAAUCGACGCGCGACCGUCGGCUGGCGGGCGACUUGUGGCUGGAAACAGUGGACUUCGAUAGCCGUGCCCGAGACGGAUUGACGGCGACUCCGGGGUCUCUGCCCGACGACCUCGUGGCCCAAGCGGACGCUGUUUUCGACAACCAUCAGCUGUCGUGGCGCGAUGCUAUAGCCCCAGGACUGGAUUUAAAGGUGUUCAAGGAUCGGGAGCAGCGGCAAUACGUAUUCGGCAUAACUCGGCGCGCGGGAGAUUCGCAAGGUUCCGUUGUUCGGACUUUUGGCGUAGGACGUCGGCGAAUGAUGUUCAUGUUACCGGUGAUGUACAAGUUGGGUGUGAUUACCACGCUGUUGAUUGGUCUGGUUGUGCUCGCUCUCAAGGGCGUGACGAUUGGCGUGAUAUUACUCGUCAUAGCUUUGUCUAGUAUAGUGGCCAAACUGUCUAAGUUUCACAAUCCCUACGCGUCACCAAUGCCUGCGAUUUCGGCCUGGUCGGGAUACCAUCACGAUCCUUACGACCGUUUAUCCCAACAGCAACCACUUCCGCCUUUGCAGGAUAAAAACAUACACGUGCAUGUGCACACCGGGUCUGGUCCUGUGCAGCCAGCGGUUAGCUAUGCGAAGAGUCUUCCACCGCCAAUGUCGCAAUUGGCCGACGACGACGACGACAUAAGUAACUACAGCAACGGCAAUUAUUAUUAUAACGGCGGCGGAGGUGGCGGAGGUGGCGGAGGCAGCGGAGCGUAUUGGAAUCGAGCAGGCGAGGAAUACUACAACGCCGCCACAAUGAAUCAUUACCGUCUAGGCGAUAACCAUCAACUAGGUGCUGAAUCUACGACUGCCAGUAAUAGUAUCUAUCCCCAGUGGUUAGGAUAAUAUAACAUAUUAUAUUAUAAUACAAGGAACUCUCUGAAUACUGGAAACUGUUGAUCACUGAAAUAUUUUCCGGUAUUCGGAGAUGCUGUUCGGUAUUUAGAAUGUUUAGAAUGUUAGUUUGUUAGAAUGUUUUACAGAAUUAUUUUAAUUAAUACCGAAAUUACUCAAUUGUGUGUACAACACGUUUGUUACAUAAGGUUCCUGGCCACUUUUAAUUUGUAUAUCAUAUAUGUAUUUUAAACAUAUAUUAAGUACCUAUAUAAUAUUUCUAUUAAUUUAUGAUAUUAUAUUCUGUGCAUUGUAAUGGUUGUACCUACUUAGUUAUUUUAUUUAGAUAUAAUAAUACCGCAGAUUAAGCUCGUUGAGGGACGUAAAAGGAGCGUAAAAAAAAAUUUUCAAAUUAAAUCAUUACGAAAAAAAUAUUUUUUUGAAAUUAUUUCAACUACUUACUCACGAAAUCACGCAUACUAUUUACGUUCCCGGCCUUGUUCAAUACUUAAACUAUUGUGUUUAUCAACAUAUGCUACUUAAUAUUUAGUAUUUAAUAUUGAAUACUAAUUAUAGACUAUUAAAAUAGCUGUUUCCUAUAAGUAUAAGUAGUCAGUACGUAAAAAUAAACUGCAAUAUAGAAACUAAGACUAUUAUAGUAUGUUAUUAAUAUUAUUAAUAAAUAUUUUAUUAUUUUAAAUAGGUACCUA